AUACAACAUGAUGCAAUGGUGCUGGCAAGCUGAUCCCGCAGCGCGACCCACAUUCACAAAGCUGAAGGAGACAAUGUCCAGGAAGCAACGUCAAUGCGUACGCGAAGAGAAGAUGCUAAACUAUUUGGACUUGAGCCCGCCGAGUGACAGUGAGCUGAGUGUGACAGCGCCGUGCUACGAGUCACCAAGCCAGGCACCAUGUCCCACCGCUUACACCGCCGUCGCCGUCCGUCGGGGGCUGGAAAUUGACGUACGCCGUUCGCUGGACCAGCAGGCGCAUCGCGUCGCGUCAGCAAGCUGCAUCAACGUUCUGCCCCUCGAUCACGACGGCGGCAGGAGUGGUGCUGGAAAAGCAGCAGCCGACGACGCUAGCUGGCUGCAUGCGCUGCGGUCAACAAUGGGUGCUGAUGACGCCAACACGUUGCAUCAACGAAGUGUAUCUGCCGUCGAGUCCAAGUCACCACAGGACUCAUUUCUACAAAGUGGUGGAGGUACAGAGAAGGCAGCCUGGCUGCAUGUGAUUGAGAGCUCGCAGCAUGCCCGCAGUCAAAGCCACCCGGCCAGCUUUUACGUAUGAGCAGCAGCAGCAGCAGCAGCACGUGCAACAGUCACGACGUGUGUACAGUCGCAGAAAGCCUUACCAACCUGGUACUUGCCACGGUCAGCCAACCAUUGACCUACAACCUACAAUCUACAACCUACAGCCUACGCAAACUUACCAAUGCAAGAUGUACAGGGCGAGCUCUGACGAUGCUACAUGCUGCAAGACAUAGCCACCGACUGUUGAGCAUGCUGUAACACACAGCCACCGACUGUUGAGCAUGCUGUGCGGUUGCAAGACACAACCAUCGACCGUUGAGCAUGUUACACUGCAAUGAGUCCCACACAGUGACACUGACCGAACAUGCAGCUCUGGCUGGAGGAACAAUGGCGAGCGAUGAAUGAAACACCAUCCAACCAUCACACACUCUGGUCAAUGUAGCGAUCUGCCAGUACAUGUACUGAAAACAAAACACAUCUAGGACUAUUUCCGCAUUUCCGAUAUAUUUGAAUUCGCAAUACACAGAAGUCUAUACCUCACAGAUGCGUAGGGCUCAAUUCUGAGUACUAUGCGAGCUGUUCGUCUUUUUCUUUUUAUUAUUAUAUACAUUUACGAAGUUACAUUAUUUGAUCACUUAUAACAAGAGAUUGAUCCCUGUGAACGUAGGAUAAUGCCGACGCCGAAGAUGAUGAUGAUGAUGAUGAUGAUGACGAUGCCAUCUUUUUAGAUUUGUUUUGGGUUUCAGUUCCUGUUAUGGCAACACAGGAUUGAGUCUUUCUUCAGAUUCUUGGCCUUAAGUUGGUGUUUUGAUCAUUUUUUUGUAUUAGAUAUUGUCAUAUGUAAAGCACAUUUGCUUUGCCCGUACAAGAGGCUGUUCCCCAUAAUGAUGAUGAUGAUGAAAAAAUCACCAAAUGCUUCCUUCCACAAUAGUAUUGAACUACUGUCCAUGUCUCCUGGGACAGCCAUCCGCAUUACGUUUGCUGUUGCAGUAGCUGUGAGUUUACCAGAUCUUUGAAAAAUAGGACCAAUAGACCUUGCAUGCCUCCAUUCGAUAAAAAGCAUUGAACACGAAAAGGUGGACGAGUCGCUUCAAGGCGCCCUGCUGU